AUGUUCUAAUCUAUGAAAUCAUACUUUGAAAUUGCCUUAUUAUUCUUGCCUAAUAAAGUGUGUAAUUACAUUUCAAUAACAAAGUCAGCAUAUGAAAUUGUUAAUGUAAUUCAAUCUAAAUUUCUGCCAGAAUAUCAAUCAGUGAUGGAUGCUUAAAAUUAUUAAACUAAUAAUCCUUCAUUGUAUUCCUAAUUAUUUAAAGGGUCAGUGAAUUUAGAAACUAUAAAAAGAAAAUCAAUCGCAUUACAGUAAUCUUGCUUAAAGAACAUUUAAUAGUUCUUAUAUAAUUAUCAAUUCACUUAAGAAUUAAAUAUAAUAAAAAUCCGCGAUGAAUUUUAUUCUAAAAAUUUAAAUUGUUGCAUUAUAGACUUAAAUGUAAUUUCAGCCAAUUUACCAUAUUAUCUUGAGACUGUAGAAGUGAGAUAAUUCAAUGAAGAAUAAUUAAAUUAAACAAUUAAUCAACUCUCUAAAUUUUUAAUGGAGUAUGUGGAGGGAUAAUUUCAUUCAGAAUCCAUUAUCAAGGAAUUUUAACAAAACUUUUAAGAUAUUGUUAGGGACAUUUAUAAAUCCAUUAUUUAGGUAGCCAAAAAAUAACAUAAGGAGAUUUAUGAUAAAUUGACCAAAAAAAUAAAGUAAUUUUAUAAAAAUAAUUUAAACAAUUCUGCUUUAGAUGGAGCUUGUAAAAUAAUUCAAGAAAACAAUAUUCCUUUAUUUUAAAUUAAGAAAUUUAUUCAUAAUUUUUUUGCUUAAAAUUUGAAAUAUUUUAAUGAUGAAUUAGAAGACUUCUACAAGUUUUAAUUAUCUCAUGUUGUGAUAUUGAGGUAUGUUUGCAAAAUAAUUGAUCAUUCAUUAUUUCGUUUGAAGUCUUCUCUUCUAAUCUUUACGAAACAAGAAAAGAUGCAAUAAGAGCUUUAAUUAAAAACUUAACACCUUUUCUAUCAAUAUUUUGAGAAAAAAGACUUCCUCUUAAUAAAAAAUAAAAUAUUUGCUGCUAAACUGUUUUACUUAUUUUUAUAAGUUGAUUUGGAAUCAAGAGAAUUCGGAACUAUUUUAGAUACACUCUCUUAAUAUGCUGAAAUUACUAAAAUUGAUUACUCAUAAUAUGGAAGCGAAUCUAUAAUAGAAUUCAGGAAAGCAUAUCAAAAUGAAAUUUAAUCGGCUAAUCAUUUUUGGUAAAAGGAAAUUACAGAAUAAUAAAAUUUAUAGUUAAUUUUUGAUUUAUUUAUUCUCUUAAAUGGAACUCAAUUUGUUAAUGGUUAAUUACUGUUUUAAGAAUACUUAUCAGCAAACAAAAAUAUUUUAAUGAAGUUAAUUAAUUUGAUGAAUGAUGGAUAUUAUAGGUAUUUUAACUGUAAAUUAAUCAAAACAUUUGAGAAGAGAAUCGGAGAAAUCAGGAAUUAAAUAUUUAAUCAAAUUGAAAAGUAGAAAUAAAUUGUGAAAUUAUCAGUAAUCAUUUAAGAUAACAGAUUCUUUAUAUCAAUAUUUGAUGCUUAUCAAUAAAGUUAAGAAUAAGUAUUUAAUAGGAAUUAAAUGUAUUUUAAUAUAAAAAAUUCACUUAUUGAUAAUUAAAUUAAUCAACUUUAGAGCUUAUUGAUUUAAAUAUAGAGAAAUUACUUAAGUAAAGUAAGUAUUCCAGAAAAGAUGCAUUUUGAAAGUAUUUAAUCUAAAUUAGAGCAUUCAUCUGUAGUCACUAUCUUCAUUUCAGGAUUUACUGAUAUAAAAGUUUAGAAGAGUAUCUUAGAAGGAUUAAAGGAUUAAAAUCUUAUAGUUUUGAAUUGGAAUAAUCCAAAAGAAGACAACGAUGUAGGAGAGAACUUAAGUAAGGUUGUUAAAGAAUUUAUUUCAAAUUCUCCUUUAGAAAUAGCAGCGAAUCUAUUAAAAGCCUACUCUAAUGCUUCCUUUGAAAAAUCAUGUUAAGAAGCCAAAAGAGUAGGAAAAUACUUGGCAUACUUAUUAAUUAAAAACAAAAUCUUUGGUGAUUGCUAGAUCAACAUUAUUGCUCAUUCAGUAGGUUCAUUAGUAAUGUAUGAAAUGAUGAAAGAACUAGAUAAUAUGUAAAAUACAAAUCUUAUAAUUAAUGAAAUAUUGAUAUUAGGAGGAAUAGUAGAUAUAAGGAAGCUUCAAAAACGAAGAUGGAAUUAAGUUGAAGGUAGGAUUUGCAAUGUGUAUACCUAAAAUGAUUUGGUGCUGAAGUUAAUGUACAAUUCAUUUAGAUUACAAGAUAUAUUCUGUGGAUUGAAUGAAGUGAAAUAAGGAUUCAGAAGAAUUGAGAAUUAUAAUAUGAGUAAUUUAAUAUAAGGACAUAAUGAUUAUGGGGUCCACAUUCAAAAUAUAUUAAUUCAAACAGACUUUUAAUAAUAUUUAAGAUUUUUAUAUGAAUGA